AUGGAAGAAAGAUUAACUCUAUCAAGAGUUAACAAGAACUAUCAAAUAGGGACACUAUGUCCUCUCUGUAAAGAAGACUUUAGCAAGGAUGUGUACAAGUUGAACAACCAUAUGAUACUAUGUUUCUUGUAUCUCACCGUUGAUAUGGGUUGUUUGGACGUUGUAAAGGAUACUAUCAAAGAUAUAGAGUUGGAUGAACAACAAUUUAAAAAGAGAAAUAGAGAGACGUACGACAAUGAUCAUGAGAGCUCGACAACAUCACCAAUUACAUCAUCACCAUCCUCAUCAAUUACAACAAGCUUGAACGAUUCAUGCAUUGACAACGAUAAAGAAGAAGAAGAUAAUGACUAUCAUAAAGAUAAUAAUAAGACAACAACAAGAAAGAGAAAGAAGAUUGAAAAUGGCCAUGGGUCUUCAUACUCGACAACACCAACAACAACAACACCGACAUUAUCAUCAUCAUCAAAUCAUUAUUUUAAAGAUUUAUUAUUUAGAGCAUUGCUCAUACCUAUAUUACAUCGCGAAGAUUAUAACGAAAGUGUAAUGAAUUUAUUGAUGACUUGUAAGGAUGCUAUGAAAUGGAAGGAUACUGUCGUAUUCCCAAGAUUACCUUCUAUUGAUACGAUAGAAUCUUACAAGAAUAAUGGAAGAAUCAAUCAACUACCUCGACGAUACAACAGAGUCUAUAUCAAGAGUGAUAGAGAUCUAGAUUAUUUCAAAAAGAAUGUGGAUGGUCUAAUCAAUCAUCAUUGUCAAAAACUAAACUAUGAAAUUACUGAUCCGAUACCAGCUGGAUUGAUACCAGACCACUUUACAAAGAUUAGAGCCAAAGGAACGAUAGUAGUUGGAUCAAUUCCACCAUUUACAACUCACCUCUUACUUAUUGCGACCACAGCACAUCAAGAGGUCUAUAAAGAACUGUUCCCCGAUACAUUAGAGGUGCUCCAUUUACAUAAUGGAGUUAUUGGAGAACACUCAAACAUCGACGAUCUUUUACCACACAAUUUAAGGAUACUUGAUGUCACAUCCAAUUUGGUGUAUCCCUACCUCUUUAAACUCAAGAACUUACAUUCUCUCGCCUUAAGGAAAAUUCAACAAGUCGCCGACCCUGCCGGACAUAUAGAUAUUCGCGUUGGAUCUAUCCCAAAUACAAUUGCGCAUUUGUUCAUUCACGGUAGUUGCGUCGAGAGUGGGUACAUUCUUCCAUCGAGUGUCACAUUCCUCGCACUUGACAUCACUAAAAACUCAUUUCGAUGUAUUCCUCCCUCUGUCAAGUUCCUCUAUGCCAUAUGUAGAGAACCCACAACACUCUUGGAGGGAUCGAUUCCUUCAUCAGUCACAACUCUCCAUUUGAAUGGUAAAUUCGGGCUGCGUUCAGGGAGCAUCCCACAGUCAGUCAACACCUUGGCACUCAUUGGACUCGAAGUCUCUCCACCCAUGCACACCAUUCCGGAUAGCAUUUCAACGCUCUCUGUCAACGGAUUAAAGUGCGAAUUUGAUGGUAGCCAAUACCCAAACAACAUAAAGUAUUUUAGUAUAUAUGGAGUGUUCAAUUUAAACAAACUCAAAUCAACUAUUCCACCAUCAACCAAGUAUUUUGACUUUCAAGCCACCCAUACCGAUACUAUAUCAAUCGUUAAAUUAAAUGCCAAUGAUAUUCCAAAUGGAGUUACUCAUAUUAGAUUGGUUCCAGGAUUUAUUCCAGACAAUUGUGAGUAUUUGGAAUUACCUUGCAACUAUGACAGAGCACCACUUUGGUGGGCCGUACCCAAACAAUUGAAAACUGUCAUUUGUAAUCCGUUAUGUUCGAGGAUUAGCCAAAGCAUUCCAUCUAUCAAACAAUUACCUCAAAAUUAUCCUCAUCAAGGAGGUAUCGAUUAUUCCCCUAUUGCAUUCACUAAUAUGACUUACGCAAAACACUGGAAAAUGGAGAUUGUAAAUGGGCCUUCGUACUCUACUACUACAACAACAACAACAACUACAAUGACACUAUCAUCAUUAUCAUCAAAUCAUUAUUUUAAAGAUUCAUUAUUUAGAAUAUCGAUGAUAUCGAUAUUACAUCGUGAAGAUGAUAAUCAAAGUGUCAUGAAUUUAUUGAUGACUUGUAAAGAUGCUAUGAAAUGGAAAGAUAUUGUUGUAUUCCCAAGAUUACCUUCUAUUAACACGAUAGAAUCGUACAAGAAUAAUGGAAGAAUCAAUCAACUACCUCGACGAUACAACAGAGUCUAUAUCAAAAGUGAUAGAGAUAAAGACUAUUUCAAAAAGAAUGUAGAUGGUUUAAUCAAUCAUCAUUGUCAAAAACUAAACUAUGAAAUUACUGAUCCGAUACCAGCUGGAUUGAUACCAGACCACUUUACAAAGAUUAGAGCCAAAGGACAGAUACAAGAUGGAUCAAUACCACCAUUUACAACUCACCUCUAUCUUGAGACCACAAAUCAACAAGAGAUCUAUAAAGAACUCUUCCCCGAUACAUUAGAGGUACUCACGAUUACAAAUGGAGUCAUUGGUGAACGCUCAAACAUCGACGAUCUUUUACCACACAAUUUAAGGGUACUUGAUGUCACAUCCAAUUGUGUGCAUCCCUACCUCUUUAACCUCAAGAAAUUAUAUUAUCUCAUCUUGAGAAGGAAAGUUCCACAAGCCGUCAACCCUGUCAUACAUAUAGAUAUUCGCGCUGGAUCUAUACCCAACACAAUCGAGCGUAUGUAUCUUGGUAAUUGCGUGAUUGAGAGAGGGUACGUUCUUCCAUCAAGAAUCAAACUCCUCGUCAUCGACCUCUCUCUAAACUCACCUCAAUGUAUUCCUGCCUCUGUCCAGUACCUCCUUGCCAAGUGUAACCAACCCACAACACUCUUAGAGGGAUAUAUUCCUUCAUCAGUGACAACUCUCCAUUUGGCAGGUAAAUUCGAGUUUCGUUCAGGAAGCAUUCCACGUUCAGUCAACACCUUGGUGCUGAUUGGACUCGAAGUCUCUCCACCCAUUUACACCAUUCAGGAUAGCAUUUCAUCGCUAUAUAUCAGUGGAUUAAAGUGUGAUUUUGAUGGUAGCCAAUACUCAAACAGCAUAAAGCAUUUUAGUAUUUGUGGAGCGACCAAUUUUAACAAACUCAAAUCAACGAUUCCACCAUCAACCAAGUAUUUUGACUUUCAAGCCACCCAUACCGAUAAUACAUCAACUAUCGUUAAAUUGAAUGCCAACGAUAUUCCAAAUGGAGUUACUCAUAUUAGAUUAGAUUUUAAAAUAUUCAUAUUUUCAUCAUACCAUGAUUUAGGAAAUGGAUUUAAUCAAGCAUUAGUUCCAGGAUUGAUUCCAGACAGUUGUGAGUAUUUGGAAUUCCCGUACUACUAUGACAAAACACCACUAUGGUGGGCCGUACCAAAACAAUUGAAAACUUUAUCGGCAAUGGAAGAAAGAUUAACUCUAUCAAGAGUUAACAAGAACUAUCAAAUAGGGACGUUAUGUCCACUCUGUAAAGAAGACUUUAGCAAGGAUGUGUACAAGUUGAACAAUCAUAUGAUACUAUGUUUCUUGUAUCUCACUGUUGAUAUGGGUUGUUUGGACGUUGUAAAGGAUACUAUCAAAGAUAUAGAGUUGGAUGAACAACAAUUUAAAAAGAGAAAUAGAGCGUUGAACGACAAUGAUAGACAUCUUCAUCAAAGUUGCUCGACAACACCAAUAAACAAUCAAUCAUCGUCAUCACCAUCAACAUCAUCAAUUACAUCAUCAGCAACAACCCCUAACGACUCAUGCUUUGAUCGUUAUAACGAUAUAGAAGAAGAAGAUAAUGACGAUCACCAAGAUAAUAAUAAUAAAAAGAUAACAACAAGAAAGAGAAAGAAGAUCGAAAAUGGGUCAUCAUACUCAACAACAACGACGACAAAGACAUUGUCAUCAUCAAAUCAUUAUUUUAAAGAUUCAUUAUUUAGAGUAUCAAUGAUAUCUAUAUUAUAUCGUGAAGAUUAUAACGAAAGUGUAAUGAAUCUAUUGAUGACUUGUAAGGAUGCUAUGAAAUGGAAGGAUACUGUUGUAUUCCCAAGAUUACCUUCUAUUAAUACAAUAGAAUUGUACAAGAACGAUGGAAGAUUCAACCAACUACCUCGACGAUACAAUAGAGUCUAUAUCAAGAAUGAAAGAGAUCUAGAUUAUUUCAAAAAGAAUACAAAUGGUCUAAUCAAUCAUCAUUGCAAAGAGCUAAACUAUCUAAUUGAUGAUGUGGUGCCAGCUGGAUUGAUACCUGAUCAUUUUACAAAGAUCAGAGUUGAUGGAUUGAUAGAAGUUGGAUCAAUACCACCAUAUACAACACACCUCUAUCUCGGGGACAUAGAAGAACAAGAGAUAUACAAAGAACUGUUCCCAAAUACAUUAGAGGAACUCAAAAUACCAAAUGGAUUGGUUGGUGAACACUCAAACCCUGACGAUCUUUUACCACACAAUAUAAGGGUACUUGCAAUCAAAUCCAAUUUGGUUCAUCCCUAUCUCUUUAAACUCAAAAAUCUAAAUUACCUUUUGAUCGACGAAAUUAAUGGUGAUGACGACGAUCAACAACAAAACCAAUAUCAUAUAGAUAUUCACAUUGGAUCUAUACCCAACACAAUUGAGUAUUUAUAUCUUGAAAAUUGCAUCAUCGAACCUGGAUAUUCUCUCCCAUCAAGUGUCAAGUACCUCUCAAUCGACCUCUCUAAAAACUCACCCCAAUGUAUUCCUUCAUCUGUCAAGUACCUAUAUGCCAACUGUGACCAACGCAGACGACUUUUACCACUCUUGGCAGGAUCUAUUCCUUCAUCCGUCACAGAUCUCUAUUUGCAAGAUGUAACUCUAUUCCCAUACAGCAUAGAGUAUUUUACUAUUUAUGGAGAUUUCAAAUCCCAACUCAAAUCAACUAUUCCACCAUCGACAAAAUAUUUUGAUUACCAAGCCAUUACAUUAAACAAAGGUACAUUUAGUGCCAAUGAUAUUCCAAAUGGAGUUACUCAUAUUAGAUUUGGGUAUGAAUUUAGUGAAAUCCUGGUUCCAGGAUUUAUUCCAGACAGUUGUGAGUAUUUGGAACUCCAUUACGCCUAUGAUAUAGCACCACGUUGGUGGGGAGUACCAAAACAUUUGAAAACUGUCAGUUGUAAUCCUUUUUGUUUCCAUAUGAGUCAAAAUAUCCCACCAUCAAAACAAACACCUAAAAAUGAGAAUCAUCAAGGAGGAAGUGGCUGUGAUAAUGACACAAGAUACAAAGAUUUUUGGUUUAUACAUAUCGAUUUAACAGUUGUUGUUUUCUUUAAUUCCUCAUCAAAUAUGUUUGUUAACAUUUUGAAACUCCGUUCAAUGGAAGAAAGAUUAAAUCUAUCAAGAGUUUACAAGAACUAUCAAAUAGGGACACUAUGUCCACUCUGUAAAGAAGACUUUAGCAAGGAUGUGUACAAGUUGAACAAUCAUAUGAUACUAUGUUUCUUGUAUCUCACCGUUGAUAUGGCCUGCUUGGAGAUUGUAAAGGAUACUAUCAAAGAUAUAGAGUUGGAUGAACAACGGAAAGGGGGAGAUAGUAAGCUGAAUGAAAAUGAUGGUCAUCUUCAAAGUUUGCCGUCAACAUCAAGAAACAACCAAUCUUCGAUUGCAUCAAUGAACUAUUCAUGUGAUGAUCAAGAUAAUAAUAAUAGUACAACAAGAAAGAGAAAGAAGAUUGAAAAUGGGUCAUUAGCAAAGAUGAAAACCACAACUUCAACAAAUCAUUAUUUUAAAAAUUCAUUAUUUAGAGUAUCAAUGAUAUCAAUAUUACACCGGGAAGAACGAAAUCAAAGUGUAAUGAAUCUAUUGAUGACUUGUAAAGAUGCAAUGAAAUGGAAGGAUACUGUUGUAUUCCCAAGAUUACCUUCUAUUAAUACAAUAGAAUCGUACAAGAACGAUGGAAGAUUCAAUCAACUACCUCGACGAUACAAUAGAGUAGAUAUCAAGAGUGAUAGAGAUCUAGAAUACUUCCUAGAGAAUACAAAUGGUUUAAUUAAUCAACAUUGCAAAGAACUAAACUAUCUCAUUGAUGAACCAAUACCAGCUGGAUUGAUACCAGAUCAUUUUACAAAGAUAAGGGUUAAUGGACAGAUAGAAGAUGGGUCAAUACCACCCUAUACAACUCACCUAGUUCUUGGGGCAAAAGAAGAACAAGAGAUAUAUCGACAACUGUUCCCAAAUACAUUAGAGGAACUCUAUAUUACAAAUGGAGUGAUUAGGGACUACUCAAACGUCGACGAUCUUUUACCACACAAUAUAAGGAUACUUGCUAUCAAAUCCAAUUUGGUGCAUCCCUACCUCUUUAAGCUCAAGAAACUAAAUUGUCUCACCAUCGAUGCAGUUGAACAAGAAACUGACUAUGAUGAUGAAGACGAUGAUCAAGAUCAUAUAGAUAUACACAUUGGAACAAUACCCAAUACAAUCGAGUAUUUGUAUCUUGAAGAUUGCAUCAUCGAACCUGGAUACACACUUCCAUCAAGUGUCAAGUACCUCUCAAUCGAACUCGACAAAAACUCAUACCAGUGUAUUCCUGCCUCUGUCCAGUAUCUCUAUGCCAUAUGCAAAGAACCCACAACUAUAUUGGCAAGAUCUAUUCCUUCAUCAGUCAUAGAUCUCUGUUUAGAUGGUAAAUUCGGGUUACUUCCAGGAAGCAUCCCAUCGUCAGUCAAAACCUUGGGACUGUUUGAUCUUGAAACCACACCAGCUGUAUACACCAUCCCAGAUAGCAUCACUACAAUGUAUAUUGGUUAUUUAAAGUGUAAAUUGGAUGUAACUCUUUUCCCAAACAGCAUCAAGUACUUUGCUAUUCAUGGAAAAUACAAUUUCCCACUCAAAUCAUGUAUUCCACCAUCGACAAAAUAUUUUGACUACCAAGCAAAACAUCAAUCAAAAUUGAAUGCAAACCAAAUUCCAAAUGGAGUUACUCAUAUUAGAUUGGGGAAUGGAUUAGUUAAAAAAGCAUUGUCCCCAGGAUUUAUUCCAGACAGUUGUGAGUAUUUGGAUUUGAAUUGCGACUAUGACAAAGCACCACGUUGGUGGGCCGUACCAAAACAAUUGAAAACUGUCAUUUGUAAUCCGUUUUGUUCGAGGAUUAGCCAAAGCAUUCCACCAUCUAUCAAACAAUUACCUGCAAACGAGAGGCAUGUUAGAGCAGAAGAUUGGGAUGCAAACCACAGAUACCAAAAUUUUUGGGAAAAAGAAAUCUGGUUCUGUUAUUAA